AUGAGUGCCGAGGGCUGGAACCCAAAGUCUUGGACCUCGAAGCCCAUCAAGCAGGACGUCGUCUAUGACGAUGCUGAGGGUGUCCAGUUGGCGCUGCAGAAGUUAGAGAAGCUCCCUCCUCUUGUUACUACUCAUGAGAUUGCGAAUCUCAAGAAGAGUUUGAAGAAUGUCGCGCUGGGCAAGGCUUUUGUUUUGCAAGGAGGGGACUGCGCUGAGCUCUUCGACUACUGUAACCAGGAUAUGAUCGAGGCCAAGGUCAAGCUUCUUCUCCAGAUGAGCUUGGUUUUGAUUUGGGGUGCCAAUAUGCCGGUUGUUCGGAUUGCUCGGAUUGCAGGGCAGUUCGCCAAGCCUCGAUCGAGUCCUAUGGAGGUCGUUAACGGUGUUGAAAUGCCAUCGUUCCGUGGAGACAAUAUCAAUGGCUUCGAUGCUACGCCUGACUCCCGCCGUCCGGAUCCUUCGCGGCUGGUUUCGGCGUACUUCCAUUCUGCAGCUACACUCAACUACCUGCGCGCUUCGCUCUCCUCGGGGCUUGCAGACUUGCACUCGCCUCUCGACUGGGGUCUCGGCCAUGUCAUCACCCCUUCCAUUAAGGAAAAGUACGAGCGUAUCGUCAGCAGAGUCAAGGACGCUCUUCGCUUCAUGCAAACUGUGGGAAUCGACACCGACCGCGGCGUCGAGACAGUCGACGUCUACACCAGCCAUGAAGGCCUUCUGCUCGAAUACGAAACCAGCCUGACCCGUCUACUGAAAGACCCUCCCCCACCAUCCACCCACCAGCCCAUCAUCGCACCUAUUCCCGGGAAAGGCCCAAUCCCAUCCCAAACCCCCGCCUCAAAAAGCUACUACGCAACAUCCUCCCACUUCCUCUGGAUCGGAGAUCGCACGCGCCAACUAACCGGCGCACACGUCGAAUUCUUCCGCGGCAUCGCCAACCCCAUCGGCAUUAAGAUCGGGCCCUCCAUGACCCCCAGCGAACUAACCACCCUCCUCGACACCGUCAACCCAACCCGCGAAAUCGGCAAAGUCACUCUCAUCUCCCGCUACGGUGCAGCAAACAUCGCUACCCAUUUACCGGGGCAUAUCAGCGCCGUGCAAGCCUCGGGCCACAUCCCCGUCUGGCAAUGCGACCCGAUGCACGGGAAUACGCGCUCCACACCGAACGGCGUCAAGACGAGGCAUUUUUCGGAUAUUUUGUCUGAGUUGAAGCAGGCGCUUGAGAUUCACAGGGCCGCUGGUAGUUUCCUGGGUGGUAUGCAUUUGGAGCUCACUGGGGAAGCGGUUACGGAGUGUGUUGGCGGUGCUGGGGGGUUGACGGAGGAGGGGCUUGGGGAGAGAUAUACGACAUUCUGUGAUCCAAGACUGAAUGAGAAGCAGGCGUUAGAGUUGGCCUUCUUGGUUGCGGGUUUCUAUCGCGAGAUGGAGGGGGAGGAGGGAGUGAAUUCGAUUUGA